AUGAAAAUGCUCAAUUUCCGCCUCGCGACCGAAGAAGACGCCGCCCAACUUCACAAGUUGGUUGAAACCGCCUUCCGCACCACAGACAGCAGAAAGGACUGGACCGAUAAUCUAGGUCUGGUGUCUAGCUUUCGCCCACAUGUCCAAGAAAUCAUCGACGUAAUCAACAAACCAGAUAGUGUCAUGUUGAUGGCAACCAACGAUCAAAACACGCUUGUCGGCGCAAUCGGGACUUCCAAGCGCGACGAAAAUUACGCUCGUCUUUUUAGGCUUGCUGUUGAUACGAGUCUGCAGCGUGGCGGGAUUGGGCGUCAGAUCUUGGAGUACGCUGAAGAUUAUUGUCGACGGACUUGGGGUGUUAGGACGGUGGGAUUAGAUGCCCUUUCGUGUCGCAAGUCGCUUCUCGCGUGGUAUUUGCGUUGUGGAUAUAAAAUGACGGGUGAAACGACACCCUUUCCUCGUGAGAAGAUUGGAGAUCUGGUGUUGCCGGAUGAUCUUUGUUUUGUUGAGUUUGAGAAAGCCGUGGGGGAAACAUCUGUUGAAUGA